UUACACUUGGCACAAUGCAGUCAGGCAAGUACCAUUCUCGUGGCAACUGCCAAACCCAGACACGUCCAUCGGAUUGCUAGAAAGAGAAGCGUGAUUCGUCACUCCAGAGAACACAUCUCCACGGUUCUAGAGUCCAGCGGCGGCUGGCUGAGUUGCUGUUGUUCCAAGUUGCUUCCACUUUAUUACAAUACCACUAAGAGCUGACCAUGGAAUAUUUAGUAUCAAGGCAAAUUUCAUGGAUGGACUUAUUGCAAAGGUGGCAACUUGUCACGGUACCACGCAUGAAUUUUACAGAGUUCCUGAGAGCAACCCAUUCUUUCACAAAUGUUUGUAGAAGCAGUCUGCAUGCCUAGGUGCUUCAUUUUAUACACCUGUGGCCAUGGAGGUGAUUGGAACACCUGAAUCCAAUGAUUUGGAGGGG